AAGAAUCACAUACUCUCUCCUCUCCCAAAAGUGUAUGUGUAUAUAUAGAGAGGAACAUAAAUUCCUAGAAGCUAGCUGCUGAUAAGGUAUAUAAGCCAUCCAGUGCAACAAUUUGUGCACAAACCUUCCAUUUGAAGAAAACUCAAAUCCCCUUUUUUCUUCAAUUUUCAACAUGAUAGCUGCCAGAUUCUCAUGACACUUCUGGUUAGGAUUGGAUUUGGUGCCCAUGGCAAGAGCUUAAUCAAAUUUUGAGUCAUGACUGGGAAUGGGAUGGCAUUUUUCCAAGCAAAUUUCAUGCUGCAAUCCCCUCACCAUGAAGAUCAUCAUGAACACCACCAGCCUCCCAGUUCUCUCAAUCCAUUACUGCCUUCCUGCACACCUCAAGACUUUCAUGGUGUUGCAUCGUUCCUAGGGAAGAGGUCAAUGUCAUUUUCGGGGAUUGAGUUGGGCACUGAAGAGGGUCAUGGGGAAGAUGAUCUUUCUGAUGAUGGGUCACAGGCUGGAGGGGAGAAGAAGAGGAGGUUGAACAUGGAGCAAGUGAAGACACUUGAGAAGAACUUUGAGUUGGGGAACAAGCUUGAGCCUGAGAGGAAAAUGCAGCUGGCUAGAGCUCUUGGUCUGCAGCCAAGACAGAUUGCCAUUUGGUUUCAGAACAGAAGAGCAAGGUGGAAGACAAAGCAGUUGGAGAAAGACUAUGAUCUUCUUAAGAGACAGUUUGAUGCCAUCAAAGCUGACAAUGAGUCCCUCCAAGCUCACAACCAAAAACUUCAAGCAGAGAUACUGGCACUGAAAAAUAGAGAGCCAGCAGAAUCUAUCAACCUGAAUAUAAAAGAGACAGAGGGUUCUUGCAGUAAUAGAAGUGAAAACAACUCUGCAGAAAUCAAGUUGGACAUUUCAAGAACUCCUCCAGCUAUUGAUAGCCCUCUAUCCUCCCAUCAAAAUCCAAUUAUUUCAAGCAGAUCCCUCUUUCCUACCUCUACUGCUACCAAUAUAAGGCCUUCUGGACUACAACAACUCUUUCAUCAAAACCCAUCAUCAAGGCCUGAGCUACUCCAAUGCUCUCAGAAGAUUGACCACAUGGUAAAAGAAGAAAGCUUGAGCAACAUGUUCUGUGGCAUUGAUGAUCAGUCUGGGUUUUGGCCAUGGUUGGAACAACACCAAUUCAAUUGAUGAUCAACAAUUCAAGCCCAAUUAAGAGUAUGCUCAAAGAGGCAAUCUAUCAAUUACCAAUGAUGCUGUAUGAGUUUUCUAUUAAAAUCCAUGUUUUGGGUACUUAAGAUAUUAUUUAUAGAGUUGAAUUUUCAAGUGGUGGCUGAUAACAAAAAAAAAAAAAAUACCUCAUUGAGGAAUAAAGGGGGUAUGUAUGUUGGCUCUGAAAUAUAUAUGCCAAUACCAUGUUUUCUAGGGUGAUGGAAAAUUUUACAUUUUCUAGUGA